AUGGCCCCGCACCUGCCACGGGAGCAGGCCGGCCGCCGCGCCCUCGCGCUGCACAGGGCACGGAGAGCCUUGGCGCCCGCCCGGUGGCCGCGGCGGGGCCGGCGCCCGCAGAUCGCCGCGGGGCAGAAGAGGGGCGGGGGCGAGAAGCAGAAACGCACCAUUUUGGCCACAUCACUCCGCCAAGAGCUGCGAGAGCAAGGGCCGUGCAAAGAGGAGAUCGCGAGGCAGAUCCAGUCGAUGCUGGAGAAGCUUCGCGCGCCGCCACGCCGGUCGCGGGCAGGCCGCGUCCGCCAACGUGCGGCAAAGGAGCGAUAA